AUGUCAAAAGGCAGUGCCCGAUCUGUAUUUGAUUAUUUCUCCAAGGAGCUAGCAGGAACAAAAUCUGAUUCUAGAACGUGUGAAAACUUGUUGGACCAAGAAGAUGCGGAGGGAGUUUCAAAUGUUCUUGAAUACAUAGAGGAUGCAGACUUGCGAUGGUAUCAGCUGCCUAACACCAAGGAAUUUCAGAUAGCACUUAGGGAUGAACGCGCAAAGUUGAACUGUGUCACAAAUCCUCAUGUUUUUGGACAGCUACUACAACUUGAUGUUGGCAAUUUGCUUGCUAGGGAGAAAUCGCAUGCUCAUGACCGCCUGCAGGCUGCAGGGGAGUUCAUACAGAAGCCUUUCAGGAUUCAGCUUGGAAGAGGGUCGUAUGGUGAAUGCUUGGCAAUCAGAGCAGAUGGACACAGAGAAUUGAGCCAUGAAAUUGGUUUGGAGCUAAGUCAGAGGAGUGCUGCUGCUGGAUUAAGGCCAAUUGGAGCAGUGGUCUUCAUGCAACGGGGUGUCCUAAAGGUUUUCUUGAGGACUACUGACAGUACAGUUAAUACAUCAGAGAUUGCAAAGUCAAAUAGUGCUCAUACUGCAGGAAACAGGCACCCAGCUCAGCUGGGCAUGGAUUUCCUCAGUGGCGAAGAUGUGAAAAUGAGGUGGUCUUUUAGUGCUCCGUUAUGGGAGGAAGGAAAGCAAAAUCUAAGACUAACCUGGCAUGUUGAUAUGAGCUUAGAGGAGAAUAAUCGUUCGAUACGGAUGACAGCGGAACAAUUUGGAGGCAUAAUGCUUAAGGUUGAAGCUGUUCGAGAGAAGAUGCCUUUGAAUGAAAGGUUUGCUGGUACAUCAGAAGUCAUCCCAACGCACUUGAUGUUCUAUCCAAUCUUUCUCCAGUAG